CUAGGGCAUCAAUCUAUAACACAACAGUUUGUAGAAACUACUGAUCAUAUAUAUAGAUUCAUAGGAUUAAUAUCAGUUGUAUACAAAAUAAGUUGUUUUUUCGUACAAUCCGAAACAAAUAACUUCUUUUGUAAUAUUUAAAAAUGACUUUGAGAAGUAUCUUACUCUCUGCUUUUGGCCUCAUCAAUUUUAUGCGCCCCACCUUCGCAUUUGAUACCAGUCCUUUGCAAGAUUUCUGCGUUGCAGAUGCCACGACCAAAGCAUGCAAGGAGGCUGCAAAAGUUACAUCAAACGACUUCUUCUUCAGUGGGCUGCAUUUGGCCGGCAACACCUCAAACCCAUACGGCGUCGCUGUGGCGACCGUCUCCGCCGCCCAAAUUCCAGGGCUCAACAAUCUGGGCAUGACAUUGAUGCGCGUGGACAUGGCAGCGAACGGCUUCUUCCCGCCCCACAUCCACCCCAGGGCAACAGAGCUCGUCACAGUUCUAGAAGGUUCCAUGGAAGUCGGGUUCAUAACCUCGUAUCCGGACUACAACUACUUCACCAAAAUUCUCCAGAAAGGCGAUGUUUUCGUGGUUCCCGUUGGGCUCGUGCACAACGUGCAGAAUCUCGCCAAAGGGAACACCGUUGCGAUGGUGGCGUUCAACAGCCAGAAUCCGGGGAUCACCAAUUUCCCGAAUGCCGUUUUCGAGGCUAAGCCCGCCGUCGACACCGAUUAUCUUGCUAGGUCGUUUAGGCUAGAUAAGAAAACUAUAGAAGACCUCAAAAAAAAGUUCUAGAAUAUAAAACUCUGUUAUCAAAUACUAUAAGACUAAAGUAAAUAAUGUAUGUUAUGUGGUUUCAUAA